UAUUGUCGGUAAAAAUAUAUUUUAACUUAUUGUGCCAGAUUAUCGUUAUAUACUCGAAUUUGACUGAAAUCAUUCGUUUAUAAUAGUGAACGACUAGAGUAGAGAUCUAGACAGAAUUUCUAAAUUACGUUUUGGUUGACCAAAUUGUUGUGCAAUCGCGAAUUCGCAAACGAUAAGAGUUGAUAUUAUUUCUAAACAUAUCAAAGAAUUAGCCAUUUUGAAAAGACAAAGAUCAGUUGCAAAUUUUGUAGAUUUUAAAACUCUCUGAACCUAUAAACUUGAGAAAUCCUUCGUCAAUUUUGACAAGCCUUUCUUCAAUUCAUUUCAAACUAAACAUUUCCAAAAUGGCGUCCGAUUCAUUUGACAUCAUUACUGAGCUUGACUUUAAAACCGAGCCAAGUUCAUUUCAAGAAUUUGACAUGGAUAAUUUUUUUAAUUAUGAAAUUCCACAGGAGACAGCACUGGCGUCUAUCUCGAACACCUCUCCAUUUCAUCAGUCGGACAGUGGUGUAAGUGAAAUGUCUGAGAUUGAGAACGAUUUUAUUAAUCCCGAAACUGUUGACUCGUCUUGCAGUACUGGAUCAGAAAUAAUGUUGGAUGAACUUGUUGAAGCUAUAGAGUUUUCUCCCUUUGGUGCAAACAAUGAAGAUGAUGACUUAAUGGGGUACAUGAGUAGACGCAAUAAUAGUCAGUCCAUCUCAGAAGGUGCAGACGGUGAUCUGGCACGUUACAUGGCCAAUAAAAAAACGGACAAAUCUUUCAGAUUUAAUACAGUGCUGAAUCCAUCAGAAUCGGUAGGAAAAGAGAAUGCAAUGGUCACAAGGAGUGGAAGCAAAGGUCGCAGUUUGUUGAAUAAAAGUUCAAAUCAUAAAGUUGUCCCAAACUCCGCAACAUCUGCCGGAAGUGUUGUCAAUAGCAAUCAGAAAGACUCAACCGUAACACUUUUAGAGAAUGAGGCCCCCCAUGGUAUUAAGAAGGUUAAAAUCUUAAAAGUAAUUAAAACUCUACCAGAUAUCACUCCAGCUGAAACUGCUGCUCAAGUAGGCUUUGCCCUUGAUGAUCGUAACCGUAAAAAUGCCAUGAACGCCAAAAUGAACCGAGAAAAGAAGAAGGCUUACAUUCAGAAAUUAGAAGAGUCAAUUGAUGGGUAUAAGUCAGAAAAUCAGAAACUAAAAUUUGAAAACGAGAAAUUACAAGAUGAUAAACUGGCUUUGGAAGAACAGGUUGAAUAUUUUAAAAGUGUUUUAGCUAAUCAAAGCACUUUGUCCAAAGUUUUGAACACUAUGGAAAACCUUAAAGGGGUUAGACUAUCCACAUCAUUGUCUGUUGGCUCUAGAAAACGUGGUCUCAAGUCAGAUCACACUUACGAUUCAAAAAGACCACGAUUUGAAUCGAUAGAAGCAACCAGCUCAACUGACCAUUCCAAAACAGCUGGUGUUUGUCUUCAUGUAGAUAAUGAUAUUGUUUCUCUUGAAUUUUGUUCACAUUGUUCCAACAUGGCUAAUACCAGUGUUAAUAGUUGAAAUAACUACUUGUGUGAAAUGUGUUGAUAUUCAAGGAAAAGGAAAAUCCUGAAAACUUCCAAAUCGUGCUGUACCACUGGGUACUAGAGGUGUGACACUCGAUUAAAUUGACUACAUGUGGUGAAGUGCUGAGAAACUGAAGGAGACCGUCCAAGCUGUAAAAAAAAUAACCAAGAAAAAAACUGAAGUUAUUUUUACUUUCCAGAUAAAAUGUAUUUGAAAUACCACUUAGUGUUAUGUAUGGUACAAAGCACAAACGGCAUUGGUACCGUAUUCAAAAUAUUUGUGCAGAUAUAAUUUACAUGAAAAUGUUAGAGUUUUUUUAAAAUUGUUCUAUAUUUCAGAAAAGUUGAUAUUCAUAUAACCAGUUCUAGACCUGUACAUGUACUUGUUAAUAAAUUAUUACUUAAUAUAUGUAUUCGGGGAAACAGUUUUAAUGAACAUAAAGUUUCUU